AUGUCUCGUCUCGCUCGCUUUGCCCUUGCUGGGCUUGGGGCCUCGGUCGCUUAUGCUCAGACCUACACUACCACCGUCACCGAGACUGUCAUCGAGUGUGCUUCGUCUUGCUACUCUGUGGUCUCGCAGUGUACCUCGACCGAGUACCCUACCUCGUGUGCUGGGACCGUGACUUCUACUCUCGGCUCUGACACUUCUGUCGAGCUUCCGAGUGGUUCUUCCUCUGUGUCUGGCUCUGAGACCUUUGUUGUCGUGUCUACUCCUCGGACCAAGAUUGUCAUUACCCCUACUUCUUCUUCGACUCUUCCUGGAAACACCACUUCUGACGCUAGCCCUUCCACCCUCUCCUCCAGCACUGCUUCUACUGAGACUACUGUCGUUUCUGAUUCCACCACCGUGUCGGAGGCCUCUAGCGCUCAUCCUGAGGUGACUUCCUCUUCCUCUGAUGUCUGCACCGAGCCCUAUGGAUGCUCCUCCAACACUUCCUCGCAGAACGUGGAGACCUCCACCUCUGUCACCAACCUUGAGACUAUGCCUACCUUUAUCCAGAGUGUCGACUCUAGUGCUCUGCCUUCCGGUACUUCGGCUGAGACUGAGGCCACCACUUCCGCCUCCAGCAAGGAGACUUCUGACUCGGGAUCCUCCACUUCUUCGGUCGCUAGCACGGAGACCUCUGCCCUUCCAUCUGCGCCAACUGGUAGUGUGAGCUCCAGCACUGUCUCUGAGCAGGACUCUACCUCCGCUGAGGACACAGGCAGCUCCACCACUGAGGGAGUCUCUACGACUACUCUUCGAUCGGUCAUUACUAGCCAAGUUACCAUCUCCGAGAAGGCUUCUACCACCUACGAAGAGAGCUCAGGCACUGUCUCUGAGCAGGACAGCUCUACCAUCACCGAGGACACUGGUAGCUCUACUGCCACUGACGAGAUCUCUACAACUACUCUCAGAUCGGCCAUUACCAGCCAAGUCACCGUCUCUGAGAGCACAUCUACCACCGACGAGGACUUUACUACGCUUACAGAGACAUCCGAGGGGGGCUUCUCCAUCAAGACUCGCAAGUCUUCCUCCCGGGUUAGCUCUGCUAGCACUACCGAGGACGCCAGCACCAAGACGGACCAGAGUCCCUUCUCCACCGACUCGGUCUCUUCUGAGGGAACCACUGUCACUAAGCUGACGUCUCAGAUCACCAUCACUCAGACUGAGUCUUCUACUGGUAUUGAGUCGACUGAUACCCCUGAGGACACCAGCUCCAGCGAAGUCUCUUCCGCCAAGCCAUCCAGCACUGGAGAUACAGCUUCUGAGACAGACUCUUUGUCCAUCCAGAGCACUAGUAUUGUUGAGAGCUCCUCUUCCAAGACUUCUGUCACUACUGGAUCCACUGGCAGCGUUGACAACCCCGAGUCCACCUCCAAGCUCCCCUCUGGUACCAGCGAGACCAAGUCCACCAAGACUCCCUGCCCACCAUACUCUCACACUCAUGUCUACCCCAACACUACUGUUGUUCACAGCACCGUUGAGCAGGGCACCGACUCUUCUGCCCUCCCUGGCAGCUUCACGUCAACCUCGCUCCUUGACAAUGGGGACAGCUCUUCGACUACCCCAGGCGUGACUGUGGAGACCGCCACCACCAGUGUUCAGACUUCGGAGAGUGAGCUUCCUAGAACUUCAAGCACUGGAGAGGCGCCUAGCACCGAGUCCACUUCUGGAAGUGUUGAUACUGAGUCUUCGUGGCUGCCCACUCCUUCUUCCGACACCUGGAAGUCUACCCCUGGAGCUGCAACUACUGAGUCUACUACUGCCGAGUCAACUGGCACGUCUAUUCUGUCUACACCCGUCUUCCAGACCACCCCCACUGCUACCGAGUCCGUUGGAACCUCUACCCUCUCCGAGUCUUCCGCCUUGUCCACCACCAGCGCUGCCGACGCAGAGACAACCGGUCCCUAUGGAUACGACUUUGGCACAGAGAGCGACUGGGAGGCCUCCACCCUCAGCCCCGAUACUACUAGCGACUCCUUCGCCUCCAGCGCCGACGCCGUGGGCUCCUCCUCCUUCUCCCCCACCACCUUCAUGACGACCAGCAAAGCCGACACCUCAGCCGCGAGCACCACCACUGAACCUCCUUACCAGCCUCCCGCCUACGAGCCCCCCUCGUACCGCGCUCCCGCUGGUAAGCGCUGGGGUUUCAGGUGGUAA